UCAGAUUGGAGUUUCAUUUUCAAUUCUUACUUAAACGCUGGUCGAAAUAAUCUUACUGCAUUCUACAGAGCGGUUAGUCGUUGUCAUAAUGACCACUUUUGUGUUUGUACUAUGCUCUGUGCUAUUAAUAUCAAUAAAUACGCAACAUUCGGUUGAAGCAGCCAAUCCUUGUCAAUCGCGACGUUUUCAGCAUGACUCCGUCGUAUGCGUUUGCACUGAGAGCUACUGUGACACUCUAGAUCCUAUAACUCCAACCAAAUGUGGAAUUCUUCAUGUGUACGAAAGUGAUCGAGCUGGUAAACGUUUAGAGAGAAGAGACGUACAGUUUGGCAACGAUUUGACUGGAGUUUCGUUUCGCAAUGUAACAAUCAACCGAAAUCUGAAGUAUCAAGAAAUCAUAGGAUUUGGUGGUUCUUGGAGCGAUGCUGCCGCCAUCGGAUUGAAUCGUCUUUCAUCGAAUCUUAGAACCAAAGUGCUACACUCUUAUUUCUCAGAUGAAGGCAUCGAAUAUUCGACUGCCAGAGUUGUCAUCUCUGGUUGUGAUUUCUCUAAUAGACCAUAUACGUACGAUGACGUUGCUGACGACUGGGAGUUGAAUAACUGGGCUCUUGUUGAGGAGGAUUUGCAAAUGAAGUUUCCUCAAAUGAAGGAAGCAUUGCAGCACGCAGACAAAUCGAUUAAGUUUAUUGGCUCGUCAUGGAGUCCCCCAGCAUGGAUGAAAACAAAUGGAAAACUUAACAAUGGAGGACAGCUCAUUUCUGAAGCAGGUUCAUACCAAUGGAAACAAUACGCCAAAUAUCUCCUAAAAUUCUUUGAAUCGUACAAAGCCAAUGGACUUCCUUUCUGGGGCAUGACAAUUCAGAAUGAACCAAUGACUGGAUGGGAUGCAUCCUUUCCAUGGAACACUUGUGGAUUUAACGCUGAGAUGGAACGCGACUUUGCUAAACUCGAUCUGGGACCCAUUUUCGAAGCCGCUGGAUUUCCGCCCGAAUCUUUUCACAUUCUGGCACUUGACCACAAUCGCCCUCUGGCCAAAGACUGGGCUGACGUCGUCUUUAAUGACACAGUCGCUUCACGCUAUUUGGCUGGUCUUGCUUUGCAUUGGUAUUUUUACGGUACUGCUGGUCCAUAUUCAGUCUAUGACGACAUUCACGACAAGUUUGCCGAUAAAAUUCUUCUCGCUACCGAAGCAUGCAAUCGAAAUGAUGAUGACAAUGAUCCCAUCGGAUUAGGUCUAUGGGUACUAGCUGAAGACUAUGCUCAUGAUAUUCUACUGAAUUUACUACAUCGAGUUCAAGGAUGGAUUGACUGGAAUCUGGUUUUAGAUAUGGAGGGUGGACCGAAUUGGGUGGGAAAUACGCAUUCGGCGCCAAUCAUUGUCAAUCCAGAGGCUGGAGAAUUUUACAAAAACACUCAGUACUACAGCAUGGCUCAUUUUUCGAAAUUUCUUCCACCUGGUACAGUUCGCAUUGGUGGAAUGGUAGAGGAGGAAGGUAAACUGGAACUGGGAGUCUUUGAAAGACCUGACGGUGGAACAGUUGUUAUUGUAAUUAAUACAUACGAUCAGGAGCAGUACUUCAAUUUGAAUGAUCCUGAUGUGGGUGAUGUACGAGUGAAAGUUGAACCACAUUCAUUCAACUCAAUGGUAUAUUAUGGCGAGGAGUGUGUUAGUGGUAGUGCAAAGGUGUUUCAUCCGAUAAUGAUAAUGAUUUUAAUAUUGCCAGCGCUGCUUUCGUUAGUCUAAGUAGAACUUUCUGAAUAAAAGAGAAGAAAAC